AUGAGCGACAAACGAAGCUUCGUCGGCGUGUGCAGCGCGACGAGUGGGUGCGUGCUCCACGCCAACCACGCCGGCGAGUGCCGUGUCGCAGAGAUGUCCGAGGAGGAGUACGAGGUCGAGGCGUUGCUCAAGGAGCGGCGCGUGGGCAAGCGGAGCCAGUUCCUGGUCAAGUGGCAAGACUGGCCAGAGGAGGACAGCACUUGGGAGUGGGAGUCGUCGCUCUCCAACUGCAAGCAGAAGGUGCGUGAGUACCGGGCAUCGGCCGCCGCGGCAAAGCCCCCGCCAGAGGCGCCGCCGAAGAAGAAGCGCCAUGCAGGAGCCGUGCCGGCAAAGGCAACAGCGGACGCCAAGCGGCCGAAGCGCAGGGACACGCCCGCGAUCGAGGCGGCGCCAAAGCCGGCGCCAAAGACGUCAGCGCCACAGAGCACAGGUGGCAGGGCGACGCCAGAGCCCGCGGCCGCCCAGGCGUCGAGCACGGCAUCGUCUGCGGCGACAUCCGCCGCCGAGCUGACCACUCCAGAGGCUGUGGACGGGUCGCCGAGCUCCGAGCAGGCGGAGCAGGGAGAGAGAGCUUCCGAGACGGAGGAGGAGGAAGCGGGAGGCACCUCCUACCGCCGCAGCGUCUCCGCGGCGGAAUCACCUGGCGGCCGCUCUGCCGGGGAAGGAGGCGCUGCAACUUACGUCCCUUCCACCUUCGGCAUGUCUGGUCUCGCGAGCAGGCUUCUCGACGCGGCGCUCGAGGAUGGGGACAUGCGCGGCCCGCUGAGCGGCAUGUUCCCCGUUCAUCUCCCUGUCCCUUCUUUUGCCGACGCCCUCGCGACGCUGAGCGACAAGCUUCCAAAGGUCGACCCGAGCAAGGGCCAGCUCGCAAAAAUGGCAUGGAAGAAGGCCGGCAGCAUCCAGGCCCAGUUCCCGUCUCUCACGCGCGACGAGUGCGCUGCUGUCGUUCUGUACACGAUGGAGGACAUGCCGCGCGAGCGAUCUCCCUACUACGUGAUGAAUGCUGCGCUGAGGGAGAAGAACCGGCAGGCGGUGAGGCCGUGGCGAGACUUUGUGUGGCUGCUGCUGCACGCGCUGCGCAAGCUGCCGCCGAGCAAGGCGCGCGUUGUCUACCGUGGCAUGGCCGGAUCGGAGCUUGAGGAGGGAGCCGAGCUACAGUGGUCGGCCUUCUCCAGCACGGCGACUAAGGUUGACGUGAUGGAGGUUUUCCUCGACGCGGAGGAGGCCACCGCGGGACCGCGCACCAUGAUCCACCUGGAGCUCACCGAGCCGGUCGGCCGCGACGUCUCUGCCUUCUCCCUCUACCCGCAAGAGUGCGAGGUGCUGCUCCCACCCAAUGUCUGCUUUGAGGUUGUGUCGCGCUACAAGGCCGGCAGCGGCCUCGUGAUCGUGCAGUGCAGGCAGACGGAGAGCCUCGACGCGCUGCUCGACUUUGGCCGCAGAGGGGAUGUGCCUUUGGGGCAGCCCGUCGAUGAGGUGCCCAUGGGAGCGCCGGCCGACGCGGAGGAGGAGCUUCAGGCAAAGAUGGCGCGGCUGCAGGUCGCGAGGGAGAAUGCGGUGAAGGAGGCUCAGCGCGAGCGCGACGUGAGCCGGCUGAUUGAGCUCGGAGCUGAAACGCGUGAGCGGGCAAUCGAGCUGCUUGAGCGAUACGGCUCGUUGCAAGCGGCUGCGAACGCGUUAGGUAAGCGCGAGCCGGUGUUAUAG